AUGGACACCGACCAGGGGGCUGGCCCCAGCUCUACCGGUGACAAACACAGGGACCUGCAGGUGCUGUUACAGGAACUCUGGCGGCUCCAGGCAAAGCAGAGGAGGCUGAAGAGAGAGGUGGAGAAGCACAAGCUUUUUGAAGACUACCUGAUGAAGGUCCUUGAGAAAAUCCCCAAGGCUCAGGAAGGCUUCAUGGAAGAGGCGGCCUCUCCUGGGGCGCAAGUGGCCUUUCUCUUGAAGAGGCAGGAGGUGGUGAUGGUGCUGAACAGCUGCGGACGGGUCCUGCUGUCCUGGGGUCACUACGAAGGGGAGGAGCCAGAUGAGGCGCUGGUGGGGACCAUGGUGGAGCAUUACGAGAAGCUCUUCAUAGUCAUCCAGGACGUCCAGAAGCAUCUGGAGGCCCUCUCCGAGAUGAAACAGGUCAUCUGCCAGAGGCUGGAGUCUCUAGAGGAGAGCCACAGGGCUCUUAUCCCGAGCCUCAAGAUCCAACUGUGUCAGCUGCAGAAGCGGUGUCACCACCAGCAGAAGCAGUGGUUGCAAUUGGAACACCGGGUCACCUCCCAGAAAGACAUGGGCAGCUACAGUAAUCAGCUGCUCAACUACGUGCAAAUGGCCAUCGACAGCAUGGUCCGUCAGUGUUCCCCUUCUACCCGCAGCGCGCCCAGGACCAUGGGCCUCUUCUCUAAGCUCGACCUGAUUCAGGAAUUUAUGUUGGACAAAAUGGAGACAAUGAGAUUUAUCUCACUGCUCAUGGAACCCAGAGUAUGCUGGUUAGGGGACAGUCUCAAGGACCCCAGAAGAUACCCCAGAUCCUUCGGGAAAUGCCCAAGGGAUCAAGACUCGGUUCCCAGAACCCCUUUUCCAGGCACCCAGACUUCAGACUGCUCCAGCCCGCACUGACCCAGCUAGUGGCCAUGCAGGCCCUGCCAGCAUCAUGACCAUCUUCUUACCUGUCCAACCUUCUUUUCUCAUCACAGCACCCUCAAGUGGGCAGGAGUCAGCCUUGGGGAUGGGGGUGGGUGCUGUUCCCUGUCCUGAGGGAUUAGCAGGCAUGGAGGCUGGGAAUGAGGAAGGGGUGUGUGGGGGGGGUGUUCCCCGGUUGGACCCAGCAGCCAGGUGGGAGGUCUACCUCUAGGGGCCAGGGUCACAUGCUCACAGUGAUCAGUGGGUCUAAGAAGAGUUGUAGAUAGAUGCCCAGAUUUUAGGAAUAUCCAAAUCACAGACAUUCUCAUACAGAGCCACCCAGGGCCGUAGGAUGCAUGGGAGCUGGCCUUGCCCACAGCAGCCUGGGGAGCACAGUAGAUGGGGGACUGAAUUUUCUGCUGGGGGCAUCUCAUCACUGGUUCUCAGAAGCUGAAUACCGAGUCAGAUCUGCUGCCUUCCUGAGAGUCGGAGCUGCCUAAAGUGAAUGCUGCUCUCAGGUAGACGUUGGCCAGGCAAAGCCCUUCCCCAGGCUGGUUUUGCCACUUGUAGGAUUGGGUGAGAGGGUGUUUAAGGGAGUCCCCUCCCCAGUCUGACAUUUUUAGGUCAGUGUCAGAAGAGCUGGGUCUGCAUGGAAGGCACUGGUUUGGUUUUAUUGUGUCACUGGUGUAAAAUCCUCCAAGCAGCCCCUGCAGCCCUGGAAAGAAUUCAGCUCUGGAAGUCUGCGUUGGUUUAUCGGUUUGGGUAAAAGGGGCCAGUUACGAGCAACUGAUGAGCUGCCACAGUGGUCAGCAAAUUGACUUUCAAAGAAGAGUUUCAGAAAAGAUGCUGCUAUGCAGUCAACAAACACAGAAGGCCUCUGUUUCUCAGGGGUAGCUGGGAGAGGGGUCAGGAAGCUCUGAGGGAGGGAAGGUGGGAGCAUGAAUGGGUUGUAGCUGCCGAAUCAAUCAGGGAAGCUACGUACGUAUAAUAAGACUGAGUGUGGCCGGGUCUCUACGUGCAGCUUCACCAAAGGAGAGCCGAGGAGGGACCAUUGCUUCGAGUUCUGACCUCACAGGCCUUUGGAGCAAAGUGAACAUCUCAGGUCGGGCUCCAGUCAGGUUUGAGAAGGCCAAGGUGGUGGGACGGCUCUGAAGGUCAAGCGAACACAAGGGGGAGGGUCUUCCAGUUUGGCCAGAGCAUGAAGAACCUGACUGGUGGUCUGAGAAGGUGGACUGUAGACCCCUCAUGGGGUCCAUGGGCCGGGCUCCAAGGUUGGGGUUUGGGUCUGGAGGCCACGUGUAGGGGUGCCUUGGUCCACUCGGGCUGCUAUCCCAGAAGCCCGUAGACCAGGGGCUUCACACCACAGACAUUUACUUCUCAUACUUAUGGAGACCGGAAGUCCCAGACCAAGGCACUGGUGGGUUGGUUGCAUGGCGAGGGCCCACUCCCUGUUCUCAGAUGGCCACAUUCUUGUUGUGUCUUCACGUGGUGGCAGGGGCGAGGCAGCUCUACGGGGUCUUUCUUAUCAGGGCACUAAUCCCACUCAUGGGGGCUCCACCUGCAGGACCUACUCACUCCCAAAGGCUCCACCUCCUAACACACCAGGGGUUGGGAUUUCACCACGUGAAUUUGGGACGGGAGGACUUAGUCCCUUGCAGGGAGGCUCCCACCUUCUUAGCCUUUCCCAGUUCUCCCUCUGCCACGACAGUCUGCUCUCCAAAGAGAUCUAAGGCAUCCCAUCAAUCCCCUGUGAUGUGGGCAUGUGCUAGGCCAAUGGUUCUUCGAUUCCAACAUUCAUUGGGAAGACUUGCGAAAACACAGAGCGUGGCCCUACUCCAGGGGCUUCUGAUCGAACAACCUGGGGUCUUAGAGGCCUGAGGAUUUGCAUUUCUAAUGUGAUUCCCAAGAGAUGCUGAUGCCUUAGGUGCUGGGAUCACUUUGGGAACUGCUGCUUUGGAGGAAUAGCAAAUCCCAAAUGCCUAAGCCGGCCCUGCUCCUCCCCCUGACUGGACUUCAGUGUCCCAUCUGCAUGACAAGACUGGACCUGGCAGCGUGGGAGCACCAUCCCCACCCUAACCUCCCGGGUGGCAGGGGACAUAUACCUUUUUAUAGGCCCAGGGCAUGGUUCUCUGGCUUCCUGGCUGUUCCAGGUGUGAGGACACCUUGGGGGGGGGGCUGUUGUCCUCCUGCCCCCUGCCAUCCGCAUGCUGGGCACUGGGUGUGCAUUUGGAGGUCUACUUCAGGUCUUUUGUCACACUCCUCAGGGAGGGAAGAGGAUGAUCAGAACAGGUGCCUGGGGUGGCAGUGGCCUGGCCAUCAAUCUACAUUUGCAAUGGGCACCAGGUCUUUCAGGAGCUCCCAGCCUCCACUGAGAGGGGCUUGGGUUAUGAAAUAGACGGAUAGGAUGCUGGGCUUGGCGAUGCUGCUGCAGGCAGGUACUAGAACGCCGGGGUUUAUCCUUUCUGGUCUUUGUGGUCAAACAGAAAGCUAUCUCAGCCCCAACCCUGUACCUUUAAAGUGCUUUUUUCUUGGGUUUCAUGUUAGCUGGAGAAAAGCCUUCAAGUGCAUUUGGAGAAAAAAGCAGGGGUCAGGUACCUGAUGAAAUGUCACCUCAUCUGAUCGCCCGAUCAGAUCCUGAGACCCCAAGACCCCAAGACACCAGGUGGUUCAGGGCUUGGACAGUUUGUGACACGGUGAGCUCAUUACCUGCCAACGGAUUCCAGCUUUAAGUAACUUCAAGUGUGAGAAAAAUUCUUCCUCCACACCAUCCUGGGAAAGUUGGUUUAUUGGCAAAUGGUUGGUGCUGAAAAGCUUGGACAUUUGGUGGGAAAAUAAAAUUAUGUCCUCUUUCUAGACUAUACACAGUGGGACGUUCCAGUUCCUUUGAGUGGUUGCUUUCCAACUUCCACAUCAUUGAAACUACUACGACAGUCGCUAACCACGGAGAUGCCUGGAACCUAUUCUGGAAGGUGCUGGUUCUGAGGUGGGGCCCAGAAAUUUGCAUUCUUAGCAAGGCAGUUGCUAUGGGAGUUCCAGGUGGUUCCAGGCAGGAACUGGGCAGUUCCAAUGAGAUGUCUCUCCCAGCAUAGGGUGAGAAAUACUGGGUGUGCAAACGCCCAAAAAGAAGAAAAUCUGGUCUGUGUUGCCCUGCUCUUCGGUCAGGAAGCACUUUGGAAGCACGAAAGCCACAGAAGUAUACCUGAAAAUAAUUUGACUACAUAAAAAUUAGAAAUGCAUCUACCUCAAGACAUAUCAAAAUAUCUGAGGACAAUAAACUGGGAGGAAAUGGUGAUAAAUUGGGGAUCCCUGGGUGGCUCAGCGGUUGAGUGCCUGCCUUUGGCCCAGGGCGCC